AUGGCGGCCGCCGCCCCGGUGGCGCCCGGGAGCGGCUGCCUCAGCCGCCCGCGCCCGCGCCCGCCCUGGGUGCGGCGGCGCGGCGCGAGGGUCGCCGCGGCAGCGGCGGCGGAGGGGCCAUCCUGCCUCUACGUGGGGCCAAUCGAGACCGCCAGCCAGGAGAAGCUCGAGGCGCUCUACCACCAGGCCAGGGAUUCCUACUACAGCGGUCAGCCAUUGAUCGUCGACGACAUGUUUGACAAAGUCGAGCUGAAGCUCCGGCUUUACGGCUCCAAAUCUGUCGUAAAAUACCCCCGUUGCAGCCUCAUAAGGCAAUCGACCUACGCCGACGCCGAGGAGGACCAAGCGAUGUUUAUGGCAUUGUCAAGCAUCUGGAUGUUGCUCCUCCUGUUCGGUACCUCAGCCUUUCUUGUUCCUAGUCUGUACACUCUGAGCAUCGCGUUCGGGGAUGUGUUUGGAGCAAGGCACCUCCUGUACAGUGAAAAGUCCCUUGAUGCGAUAACAAGAGUUAACGACUUGGUUUUGGUUGGAUUGGGGCAUCUAGUUGGUUAUCCCAUCGCUUCAGCGUCCGUUGGUGCGCUGCGGGGCUUAUUGACAAACAAUUUGGUUGCACUAAAAGGGUCCUGCCCGAAUUGUGGUGAGCAGGUAUUUGCAUUUGUCAAGACUGAUAAAUCCGUUCGAGCACCUCAUAGAGCAGAAUGUCAUGUCUGUGAGUGCCCUUUGGAGUACCGCACGAAAAUUGAGGUACACGGAACACCUGUAUUUUCAUGCUACUUUGCAAUAUCAAAAUGUUGGCAAAAGAAAUGA